AUGUAAAAGGCUCAGAUAAAUGGUUCUGCUCUCAUUAAAAUGCUUCUACCUAAACUCGAAUCAAGCAUGUAUAAGGGAUAAAAUGGCAAAAUACUUGUAAUUGGAGGAUCCAAAGAAUAUACUGGAGCUCCUUACUAUGCUGGAGUGUCUAGUUUAAAAGCAGGAGGUGAUAUUGCUCACAUAAUAUGUCCAGAAGAAGCAUCGAUCCCAAUAAAGAGUUAUUCGCCAGAGCUGAUAGUGCAUCCCUGUUUAAAUGACAUUUAAGAAACAUUGAAAUGGAUGGAUGCUUGCACCUCAGUAGUAAUUGGUCCUGGCUUAGGCAGAGAAGAAAAGCUAGGGUAAACACUGAAUGAAAUCAUAGACAAGGUAUAAGAUAACAAGUAGUUAAAGCUAGUUGGAGAUGCAGAUUUUUUAUGGUUUAUUUCACAAUCUAGUCAUAAAUUCGUCAUUUAAGAGCAAAUUAAAUAGUUGGGGAAAUAAGUUAUCUUGACUCCAAAUAUAGUAGAGUUUCAGAGAUUUAUGCAUCAUGAGUACAAUAUCAAAGAGUAUCAAAAGCUUGAACUAGAGUUUUUCGAGAGCAAUAGAAAUACUUGUGGAAUACUUGACAAUGAUGAGGUAAUUAAUAAAGAGGUUGCUCAAUUAUCAAGGGCAUUUAAUAACUGCAUCAUUUUAAAGAAAGGAGUUGUGGAUAUUAUAACUGAUGGUGUAACAUCUUAUUAUGUAGCAACAGAAGGAAGUCUCAAACGAUGUGGUGGCUAAGGGGAUAUUUUAAGUGGAGUCCUGGGAGCUUUUGUGAAUUAUUCAGAAAAUCUGCCCUCUGAUUAGUUUGAGUAAUCUCAGAAAUCAUUGCUCUCAGUAGUUGCAGCAUCACAUGCUACGAGACUGAUUAGUUAUGCAGGCUAUUUAGACAAGACUAUUAGUUUGACAGCGCCUGAUAUAAUCAACAAUAUGAGUUAAGUGACUCCUGUGUUGGCAAAUCAUGUCUUCUUGUCAGAUUUGCUAGAUUCAGGAGUCUUGUUCAUCUUGACAAAAAAGUCAAACUUCAAAUCGUAACCAUCAAUCCAUCUCUUUAAUAAUGUAUAGUGGGAUACUGCUGGCCAAGAAAGAUAUAGAACAAUUACGAACGCUUACUACAGAGGGGCUGACGGUAUAAUUCUGGUAUUCGAUCUCUAUAAGAGAGAUUCAUUCAAUAACUUGCAUUCUUGGCUAAAGGAGGUCGAAAAGCAUGCUAAAAACGAUGUGCAUAUAAUAAUCAUUGGCAACAAAGCUGACAAGGAGGAACCUGCUGAGGUGACUGAAGCUGAUAUGCAGAAGUUUACAGCUGAUACUGGAAUUCAAAUCUACACUGCCAGUGCUAAGUCGGGCAAAAAUGGCUUAAUCAAAUGCUAGAGAAAGCUUAUAUGGGUAGAAUAAUGCUGGAAGUCCAAGAAAAAUGAAAGAAAAUAAGCCUGCGAAGCUAAGGGAGAACAAAGAAGUCACUAUUGA